GGCGGCGCGCGGGGCUGGGGCCGUCAUGCUGGAGCUGCUGGCGGCCGGGCUGGCCCUGGCGCUCGCCUACUUCGCGCUGCUGGACGGCUGGUACCUGGUGCGCGUGCCCUGCGCCGUGCUGCGCGCGCGCCUGCUGCAGCCGCGCGUCCGCGACCUGCUGGCCGAGCAGCGCUACCGGGGCCGCGUCCUGCCCUCUGACCUGGACCUGCUGCUGCACAUGAACAACGCGCGCUACCUGCGCGAGGCCGACGUGGCGCGCGCCGCGCACCUGGCCCGCUGCGGCGUGCUGGGGGCGCUGCGGGAGCUGGGGGCGCACGCAGUGCUGGCCGCCUCGUGCGCGCGCUACCGCCGCUCGCUGCGCCUCUUCGAGGCCUUCGAGGUGCGCACCCGCCUGCUGGGUUGGGACCACCGCGCUUUCUACGUGGAGGCGCGCUUCGUUAGCGCGCGCGACGGCUUCGUGUGCGCGCUGCUGCGCUCCCGCCAGCACGUGGUGGGCACCACGCCGGAGCGCGUCGUGCAGCACCUGUGCAAGCGCCGGGUGGAGCCGCCGGAGCUGCCCGAGGACCUGCAGCACUGGGUCUCCUACAAUGAAGCCAGCAGCCGGCUGCUGCGUGCCGAGAGCGGGCUGGACGCCUCCUCCAAGGACCAGUGACUUGUCGCCCACCCCGCGCCCUGUCACCGACCCCUCUGGGCUCCACCCCGCGCUGGGCUUGGGGUGCGCGACGACGCUGGCAUCCUGA